AUGGAGCAACGCCUGGCGCCUUGCCUGGCCAUUGCUUUUAUGGCUAAAAUAGAAACGCUCGUUCUGGAGCGUCUGCCCAUGAUGUAUUGCAGAUACAUCGACGACUGCUUCGUAGUCUGCUCGACACAGGAGGAAAUGGUCAAAUGCUUCGACCUCAUCAAUAGGCAGUCCGAGCAUAUCAAGCUAACCGAAAGUCGCCAGAGAGCUGGCUCCCUUUUCUUAACGUGCAGGUCAAGCUCAUGGGGUGCAGCUUUGUCACAAAAUGGUAUAGGAAGCUCAGCAACAAAAAUAUAA